AUGAGUUUACAAGAAAAGCAGACAAUUGCAAUGAUUCAAAGCACAAUGGAAUCAUGUCCAUUCAAGACAGCCAUGUCUGGCACAGCAGGUUUUGUGAUGGGUGGUGCUUUUGGUUUGUUCAUGUCAUCAUUUGAAUAUUCUGGCCCCAACAUGAAUGAGGAAAUUGCCAACCAAACUACCAAGCAACAAAUCAAGGCUGCUUUCAAGGAUAUGAGUUCUCGUUCAUAUUCAAUGGCCAAGAAUUUUGCUGUAGUUGGUGCUAUUUAUUCUGGAUCAGAGUGUUGUAUUGAAUCUUAUCGAGCCAAAAAUGAUCUUUACAACAGUAUGGCUGCAGGAUGUUUCACAGGAGGAGCCUUGGCUGUAAGAGCUGGUCCUCAGGCUGCAGCCUUUGGCUGUGCUGGUUUUGCCGCCUUUUCUACUGCCAUUGAUUGGUAUAUGCGAAGAGAUUAA